AAUUAAAUGUUUUCAACAAUAUCAUUUAUCAUACUGUUUUUCAUACUUGUUUAAAAAUAUAUAUUUUUAUUUUUUCAAUAGAUGCCUUUUAUCUAAUUAAUGUGAAUAUAUAUAUAAUUUUAAAUAAUUAUAUACACAAACGCCCUUACAAAACGCUAUAGCAGUGUUAAAAACAAAUUUAUGAAAUAGAAGAUUAGUCACAUUGAUUGAGAAGAAAGUGACAUAUCACUAUUUUUAAUUAGAGGUUAAUGUUAAAAAUUUAGAAUUUACUGAUAUAUUAUUGAAAACUUUUGAACAUGUCUAAAGAAUUAGAUUACGAAUCUUUGGAACCUUCAUUAAAAAAUGUAAUUGAUCAAACGACAUUAAAAUGGAUUUUUGUUGGUGGCAAAGGUGGUGUUGGCAAAACAACUUGUAGUUGUAGUUUAGCAGUGCAACUAUCAAAAGUGAGAAAAAGUGUUUUGAUUUUAUCUACAGAUCCUGCUCAUAACAUAUCUGAUGCCUUUGAUCAGAAGUUCACCAAAGUUCCCACACUUGUUAAAGGAUUUAACAAUUUAUAUGCAAUGGAAAUAGAUCCGAAUGUAGGAUUUAAUGAAUUACCAGAUGAAUAUUUUGAUGGUGAACCCGAUGCAAUGAAAAUGAGCAAAGGGAUAAUUCAAGAAAUUAUUGGUGCAUUUCCAGGUAUAGAUGAAGCUAUGAGUUAUGCAGAAGUUAUGAAACUUAUAAAAGGCAUGAAUUUUUCUGUAGUUGUCUUUGAUACAGCACCAACUGGCCAUACUUUACGUUUACUAUCAUUUCCUCAGGUAGUAGAAAAAGGACUGGGAAAAUUAUUAAGGCUCAAGUUGAAAGUAACACCUUUAAUAUCACAAAUAAGUGGUCUUUUAGGUAUUCCUGAUUUCAGUGCUGAUAAUUUUUCAUCAAAAAUGGAAGAAAUGCUAAAUGUUAUCAAACAAGUAAAUGAGCAGUUUAAAAAUCCGGAUCAAACUACUUUUGUCUGUGUUUGUAUAGCAGAAUUUUUAUCUUUAUAUGAAACAGAGAGGUUGGUUCAAGAAUUAACAAAAUGCAAAAUUGAUACACACAAUAUAAUUGUUAACCAAUUAUUAUUUAACAAAAAUAAUACCGAUUGUAAAAUGUGCGCUUCUAGAUUUAAAAUUCAGGAAAAAUAUUUAGAUCAAAUUAAUGAUUUAUAUGAAGAUUUUCAUGUUACAAAGUUACCUCUUCUGGAGAAAGAAGUUAGAGGAACUGAGAGUGUAAUGAGAUUUUCUGAAAAUCUAAUAAAACCAUUUACCGGUUAGCAUUUUACCUAUUCCAUUAUUUUUAUUGUGCACAACUAUAAAAUAGGAUGUACACAUUUAUUGGUGGGUUAUAGAAAAAAUAUGGAGACUUGAACAACUAAAAAUGUUUUGGUGGAGAGUAUUUUUUAUAUUUCUACAGCUUCCAUUUAAAUGUUUUAUGAUGUAGCAAACUAAUAUUAUCUCUUGUAAUGUGGUAAAUAUAUUAGUUUUACUUAUUUUUUGUGGAUAUUACUUUUCACAAUAAGAGUUUAAUUAGAAACAGAUAUUAUAUGAUAAUAGACAAAAUUUUAUCCAGAAACUAAUCCAUACUACAGAUACUAAAUGUGAUUUUGUCUUCAUAAGAGAGUUGAGCUAGCACAAUAUAAUGCAUUUUAGUAUAUUCGACUAAUUAGCUCCAGUUGGAACACUAUAGUAUGUAGCUGCAUUGGAUGUGAUCGACAGUGAUGAUGAUGCACUAGGGCGCAUAGUUUAUGGUGACAUGUACUGGUAUAACAAUCUAGUGGUUGCUUCUCAAUUGAGAUGAAGAAUCGGCCACACAUACAAAAAGAGAGACUAGAUGUACUUUAUUGCAAUUGAUGAUUCUUUUAUUUCUACUAAAUCGUCCUACUUCACUACAAAAA